CACUCAUUCCUUUCCUCUCUUUCUCCAAGUCAGUGUUUAAUGGUAUAGACGAGGAUGAACUCCCUUGUGAAAUGGGCGCUCAUCCUCUUUGUCCUCUUCUCCAUCAUUCUCAACAUCGUCCUGAUUGGUAUCCACCAAAACAAGGCGCCCAAAUGUUCUGCCCAGCGCGUCCACCCUCUGCGGGGCAAACAUAACGAGCGCAGCAGCGUGUUUGCUGACCUCACCCGGGAGGAGUACUUGCAGGUCCAGGAGUACAUGCUGAAGCAGACAGACUUGGACAUAUCCACCAAGCAGACCACCAAGCCGUCGGAAAACUUCUUGUUCUUAAUAGAUCUCUCUCUGCCUAAGAAGAAGGAGACGCUGGAAUAUUUAGACGGGAAGAGCCCCAAGCCGGUGCGAGAGGCCACGGUGGUGGUCUUCUACGGCGCCAAGGGCCACAUCAAGGAGUACGUGGUGAGUCCUCUCCCCAAUCCCAAAAAAUACAGAGAUGUCACCUUGGAGAGGUAUAAGAAGGAACUUCCAAUCAAUGCGCGUACGGUCACCAUCGGGGAAUACGUCUUGAUUUUCCAAUUUUUUCAAGAGAAAGUUUUCGUCAAAUUGGAUAAGCUCCUGAAGGAAAGCUUCAACUACAGUCCAAAGAAUAACCUGAACGCCUUUGAGCAAAUGCCCCGCGGAGUCCAAUCCGGGGACAGAAUUACCUGGGUGUCUUUCUUCAGGGACAUGAGUGGCAUGUACAUCCAUCCCGUGGGCUUGGAAGUGCUGCUCAACCAUAAGAGCGUAAACUCUUCCGAGUGGACAGUGGAUCGGCUGCUCUAUAACGGCCAAUACUUCGACUCAGUAGACGAACUUAAACAGAAAUAUGAUGACGGUACUGUUGAGAAAAUAGUUUACAAGGAGUCACUUGACUAUGGUUCACUAAAACCCAGGAAAAAGCCUCUGGAGCUCGGCCCGCAGCAGUUUUACGCAGAGGGUAAGCGCUACAGCAUCAACAAAAACCACGUCCUGUACCUGGACUGGAGCUUUGCUUUCGGGAUGAGCUCCCUCACGGGCAUGCGGGUGUUUGAUGUGCGCUUCAAGGACCAGAGGAUAGUGUACGAGCUGAGCGUGCAAGAGGCUAUGUCAGUGUACGGCUCAGUUACGCCCGGGAUGAUGCUCACCAAGUUUCUUGACUCGAGCAUCGGGAUUGGCCGUUUCGGACAUGAAUUGGUCCGUGGAGUGGACUGCCCCUAUGAAGCCACCUACGUGGAUACAUACCGGUACAUCGAUGCCCCUGCACCGAUUAGAUUCAGGAAUUCGAUCUGCGUCUUUGAGCACAACAUGGGUCAGCCCCUGCGGAGGCACUUCUCUGACUUCUUCCACAACAGUUAUGGAGGGAUGGUGAACAGCGCUCUGGUGUUCAGGACCAUCACAGCCAUUGGUAACUAUGACUACAUGUGGGAUUUCAUCUUCUAUCAGAGCGGAGCGGUGGAGGCCAAGGUGCACGCCACUGGAUAUAUCUCGUCUUCUUACUUGCAAGAUGGUUCUCUGAAAUACGGACACCAAGUGGCAGAAAACGUUCUGGGGAACAUCCACACCCACUUCAUCAACUUCAAAGUGGACCUGGACGUGAUGGGAGUAAAAAAUGUGUUCCAGACGAAAGACAUGGAGUAUGUCAAUGUGGCGCUGCCAUGGAUGCCUAAUCGCACCGCUAUGAUCCCUCAACUGGUUGAGAAGCAACUCAAAACGGAACAGGAAGCAGCUCUACGUUAUGACACCAAGACUCCUCGCUACCUCCACAUUGCCAGCAACAUGACCAACCGCUGGGGCCACCAGCGCUCCUAUAGGCUACAGGUGUUCAGCUUUACUGGGGAACACCUUCCAGAGAGCGAGGCUGAGGAGAAGGCCAUGUCCUGGGCCAGGUAUAAAGUUGCCAUCACCAAGCACAAGGACUCAGAGCAGACCAGCAGCAGUCUGUACUCUCAAAACAACAUCUGGGAUCCAGCUGUGGACUUCAGCAAGUACAUUGAAGACAACGAAAGCAUUGAAGAUGAGGACCUGGUUGCCUGGGUGACCGCUGGCUUCCUCCACAUCCCUCAUGCUGAGGAUAUCCCUAACACGGUAACUGUGGGAAACGGGGGUGGGGUUCUGCUGCGACCCCACAACUACUUUGACGAGGACCCGUCCAUCCACUCUCCAGAUGGGGUGUACUUUGGCCCGGGGAGUGAGCAAAGCUGUGAGAACAACAGAAUGGCCUGUCUUGCUGAAGAGACCUGCAGCCCCGUGCUAGAAUCCUUCACCUACCAUGGCUUUGACGGGGUUAUGAAGUUUGAGGAUUAGGUGUGAUUUAUUGAUCACUGAAAUGUAACCUCAGAGCACUGAUGUGCUCAGUGAGGUGCUUGGGCUUACUAAUCAAUCUAUCAACAAGCUUAUGUCAAUGUUUAUAAAGACAGUUUGGGACAGAAAAAGAUUUUUGCUACACAUGUUUUACAGCUGCAAGAAUUUGAGUAAAGGAAUAGUUCAACAUUUUGGGGAAUAUGGUUAUUCAUUUUCUCUCUGAGAGUGAUAUGGAUAUCAAUCUCUUCUCUGUGUGUUCAGCACAGAGCUGGACUCUGACUCUCUCUCGUUGCAUCUGGCUUGUUUAAUCCAUGCACGAAUAGUAAUAUAAACACAAUAAUUUGUGGUUUUUGGCGGUGUUAUAUGCUGGAACAAUUUCUCCUGAAGUCUUGUCGUCACAGUGAGGUUGCUGGGUCUGGUACCAUUGUGCCGGUACAGACAACCUUUGUUCAUAGACCGUAUAUGGCAAUGCUGCACUACAUCAGGAGACACUGCACAGAGGUGCCGGGGAAGUAGUUCCAAGACCUAACUCCAGUAAAACACAAGCUACCCCCCUCUGUUCUCCAUGGUAUGCAUCAUGUAAACAAAAUGCAAGACUUGGUGGCAUUAUAGUAGCCAACUUGAGGCCCUUAGUUUUUUCUUUUUUUCUUUUCUGUAUGUAAUGCUUUAGUGUUGUACAGUAUAUUACCAGAUACAUUCUCAAUGAAUCAAGCUAUCACAAAAUAAUUGUCACACAGUGAACUUGGAGCCUUUCAGAGGGUCCCAGGGGAGUUACCCUACUGGUAAUGUAUCUUUGAUGGAUAGAUACAGAUAUGGCUGACUAGAAGGUUGGGAAACAAUCUAUUUUAUGGUAUCAAUGAUAAUUUAAAUGCUAUUUCAGUUGUAGUUCUAACAUCUGUACCCUCAGCCCCCAGCCCAUUGGUUCUUUCUAAAAUGUGAUUUUUUUGAAAAUGUCUUAACGUCCUAAAACAGGUAUAGUCCCCACUUUAGUUAGUUAGUCAAACAGGAAGAAAUUAUGUAUUUGUUGGGAACUAUUUUCAGUGGUAGAUAAAUCCAAAUUUAAAGUAUUUCUGGCAGCAGGACAGUGUGUGUGGAAUUGAGUCAGAGUGAAGGUAUAGGUAUAGUGUGGCUUGUUGUGUUUUAAAUAGGUUUUGCCAACAAUGGAAGUCUAUGACACAAAGGAGUGAGAUAUUUUUAGGCUUUGAUACACACACAUUACUUGGUAGAAGGGUGUAUUCAUUUGUCUUGGCUCUGCACAUGUUGACCACAAUUUACAUAUAGAAUGGUGUAAAGUAUGCAGAGUUUCUAGUAAUUCUAUCAAUAAAAAAUAAGAUUGGUAAUAGACAGCUCUAAAGAACAGUAUGACAUGACAAUAUGGGUCUUGCUUCAUUUCCUAAUCUUGAGGCCCUAUCUUGAAUAGUUUUAAGACCUUGAUUGAUUUAGUAUUGUAUGUAUAUGUUGCAUAUUCCUAAAUUAUUAUUAUUUUGAUCACAUAGUAAACUUGGCAUGACAUUGGGAGUUAAAAGAGGCCUAGCAUCUCACUUUGCCUCGGCAACCUCCAGGAGGUUAAUUCAGCCAUGUAGUUAAAGAUUUCUGUUGCUAUUCAUCUGAAAUAGACAACAAAUGUAGUUAUUAUUAGGUUAAUAGAAAUAACUGUUACAGUACAUCAUGAGGAGUAAAAAUGGUGUUGCCUGGGAUUUCAAAACCAUAUGAUAACAUCUUCAGGAAUGUUAUCUGUGGUUUGAGAUUUUGCAGGCAGCAAUGUUUCAACAGCUGUCAUCAUUAUGUAAUGCUUUUAAUCAUUUUCAUUCUUAGGCCAGCUAACGGGGUUUUUUUUUAGCAAGAAGUCAAAAUUAAUCCAAAUGCAUUGUAAAUGACACAUGAACCACUGUGAUGUAAACUGUGACAUAAACAUUAUAAACUGACACUGUACAGUCAGCUGUGUGUAAGUGAGUGCACUAACAAAUAUGAGCUUUCAGUCCAAAGUAGGACCCUUCGUCUGAUGUGGCUCGAGGCUGGGACUACUGAACGUCUGAUUGUUGUUUUUACUCUUUUUAGAUAUUUUUUUCUACACUGGGACAUUCAGAGGAAUUUUACUGUUGUUGUUGUUGUUGUUUCCUCUCUUAAUAAAAGAAGAGAUUAUUUGUUUAA